AUGCCCAAACAGUGGAGAAACAUUGUUGAGUACAACACGAGUGAGUAUUUUAAUCAGCAAUGGCAAUUUAAAGUAUCUUACAAUAAAGAUAAGGACAUGUUUGCGUGUGAGUGCAGGCUAUUUGAGACUCGUGGAUUACCGUGCUCCCACAUCUUUGGGGUCUUGAAGCAUCGCAAUGCAAAAUGCGUCCCUACAUCUCUUAUCCUGAAAAGAUGGACAAGAGAUGCAAAGAGUGAUUUUAUAUUCUCAAUUGGCGAGCAAGACUCCGCUGAUGAUAUAGUGCCCACACUUAGAUGCGGUGCGAUGGCAUCAAUUUGUUGGAAGCUUUGUGAUAUUUGUUCAAAAAAUUCAGCCGACUAUAGGAAAAUCUCAGGUGCGUUACUUAAGCUAAUUUCAAAGGUGCAAAAUAAAAGUGAUGCACAAGUGAGGCUUUCCCCCACGUCAACACUAAUAGGUGAUCCAGCUGUUGUGAAGUUAAAAGAUGCUCCAAAAAAGGUUUCAAAAGGCCAAAAGAGGCGAAGAUGUUCACAUUGUAAGUCAAGCAGGCAUUUCAUUAGGACAUGUCCAUUACUCGUCAAGGAGGACUCCCCCGCCAAAUACUCAAAUGCUGAAGAUGAACCAAUGGUUGAAGAAUGUGAUGCCAAUAAACAGACUCUCUCUCAGAAUAUAAAAUCAGUAAAAAAUACACCCGUGUACAAUAACAAUAAUUUUAAAACCAAAGAAAUCACUCUAACUCAAGAGACAUUAAAAGAUAAGACCAACACAUCAGGAAUAGAAGUGGCAGAAGUUCCAGAUGCAGCCACAACCAAGAAACCAGGAUUGCCACAAUAUCCUAUGCAUCAUUAUCCAAUGGUCCAUCCUUAUUAA